AUGUCAAACACUGAGUGCAAAGAAGCAGAUUAUCAACAUGCGCUCAAUGUUUGGAAGCAAUUCAAUUGUGGUGUUAUGUGGGACUAUUUGGAGUUGUAUCUGAAAACAGAUGUUUUGCUUCUAACAGAUGUUUUUGAAAACUUUCGAAAUGUUUGUAAAAAUAUAUAUGGGCUUUAUCCUUGUCAAUAUUAUACGACUCCUGGCUUAUCAUGGGAUGCCAUGCUUAAAAUUACAUCCAUAAAACUGGAGCUUCUCACAGAUAUCGAAAUGCAUCACUUUGUGAAAAGAGGAAUUAGGGGGGGUAUUACGCAAUGUUCGCAUCGCCAUUCAACUGCAAAUAAUAAAUAUAUGAAAAAUUAUAAAGAAGAGGAUCCUUCCAAAUAUUUAAUGUAUGUAGAUGCUAAUAAUCUAUACGGAUGGGCAAUGUCACAGCCGCUUCCCUAUGCUGAAUUCAAGUGGGUUGAAAAUAUAGUUGAUUUUGAUGUUUUGAGUAUUGCAGCAGAUUCGGAUAUUGGAUACAUAUUGGAAGUUGAUUUGGAGUAUCCAAUAUCAAAACAUGAUGAGCACAAUGAUUUGCCAUUAUGUCCAGAAAAUAAAAUCCCGCAUAAUUCGAAAACUAACAAACUGAUUGUGGAUUUAACAGACAAGCAAAAAUAUGUUAUCCACUAUCGGAAUCUGCAGCAAUGCAUUCAAAAUGGUUUGAAACUGACUCGCAUCUACAGGAUUUUACAGUUUAAACAAUCCAGUUGGUUGAAGGAAUAUAUCGAUUUAAAUACCCAUUACAGGAAAAUGAGUAAAAAUCCUUUCGAGAAAAAUUUUUUCAAACUUUUGAAUAAUGCAGUUUAUGGUAAAACCAUGGAAAACGUUGACAAAAGAAAGGACGUAAAAAUUGUUACCGAUUGGGAGAGUCGAGGCAGACAUUCAGGCGUUCGAGUGCUUAUUUCAAAACCCAAUUUUCACAGCGCAGCUGUAUUUACACCAAACAUGGCAGCUAUCCAAAUGGAUAGAGUAUUUACUUGUUACGACAAACCAAUUUACUUGGGAUUUACUGUGCUUGAUCUAUCCAAACUGAAAAUGUAUGAUUUUCACUAUCAUUAUAUGAAACCUAAGUAUAAUGAUAAGCUCAUUCUAAAUUACAUGGAUACGGACAGUUUCAUUUACACUAUCGAAACGGAAGAUGUGUACAAAGAUAUUUUGUCUGAUAUUGAUACACAAUUUGAUACAUCAGAAUAUGCUAUCGAUAAUAUAUAUAAUAUUCCUCAAAAAAAUGCUAAAGUCUUGGGUUUGAUGAAAGAUGAAAAUAAUGGUAAGAUAAUGACAGAAUUUAUAGGAUUAAGAUCUAAAAUGUAUUCAUUUAGCGUAGAAAAUGACGGUUUUGUUAAAAAAGCCAAAGGAGUUAAGAAAAUAAUAAUGGAUGGUUUAAGUUUAGAUGAUUAUCGUGAUUGUCUAUUUAGAAAAAAAAUAUUUAUAGGUAACAUGUUUAUAUUUAGGUCUAAGAUGCAUAAUUUGUAUACAGAAUGUAUUAAUAAAAUUGCAUUAAACUAUUUAGAUGAUAAGCGAUUCAUAAGAGAGGACGGGGUUAGAACAUAUGCUUGGGGACAUUUUAAUAUAAGAAUGGAUGUAAACUAG